AUGACACGUCGAGCAGCUUUUGUCGAAAAACCCGAAGAGAAACCCGAAAUCAUACGAACGGGGCGAAAAUGGCAACCACCUCCUGAGAAACCAUACGUGUGGCCCUCAGUUCCUCGAUCAGCUUCCGUGGAUAUCAGUCCCUCACCGGAUGGCAGCCAUCGGCCAAAGCCAGCAUUCCGAAAGGAACGAGUAGCUCCAAGUGGAGGGUUUUAUCCUCAUGCUCCCAACGCCGUUAAGGUCGUUAAACAUCGACCAGCGUCAGCUCAAGGUCUGCUGGCACCUGUAGAUGGCACUACAGAAAGUGUAGAUAUAAUUCAGCAACGGAACUUCCACAGAAUUGAUGGAGGCUACCGAAAUUCUCCUAAUAACAAUGGUGAGCAUUAUGAUCGCAAAGCCAUGCGAAAAUCGCAGCCAACAGCUAUAAAUGAUUGGGAAAAGAUCUACGACUUGCCUCCACAUUCGUCCACAAUCGUUGGCAAAGAUGUGCCCACGAAUAUCAACGUAAAGCGACGACUAUCUCAUUUCCAAGGCUCAGUGCAGAAUCUGCAGCGUCGUCAGGAAAAUGCUCGAGCUUAUCAGGAGAAUGCUCGAUCCUACAGUAUGGAUGGGGUGCGUGACUUUAUACCCUAGGA